AUGGAUAAGAUUGGAAAACGUAUAGGGCCGCUGCCUGGGGGUCGCCGGGGCGCGUCUGGAGCUGGCGCUGGACGCGGCAGCACGCGGGCCGCCAGCCGAGCGCGAGGAGCUGCAAGAUCACCUAACAGCCCCCCGCAUCCAUCAUCCCCACCAGACGGCUUGAUGUCGGCAGGGUCCUCUCGGACUCGGCAAGCGUCAUCCGCCGCUGGUGGAGUGCGCCGCAUGCGUUGGACAAGGGAUAUGAACGCAAACGCAAUGCGGGCGUACUAUAGGGCAAAAGGGGAAGAAACUGCGGGGAUAGCGUAUCGGGCUCGGAUGCAUUGCUUUUUUGCUGAGCUGGAGCCGUCUAUUCCCGUCACGGAACAAAACCUGGCAGACCGAGUUCGGUACAUCAUGCGCUCGAAAAUAUUCGAUGAUGCCGAGCUCGAACGACUACGACGUGAGGCCAUUCCCUCAUCGAAUGAAUUGGCUACGGCUGCUUUGCUUAAAUAA